AGCAACUGAGGCCAAGCUGAGCUCCUUCUCCCUGUUCCCCACAGACAGAACCACGGAGAUUGGGCAGUUGAUCAGCUCAUACCUGGUGAGAGAGAAGAACCUGGAGGACCACACUGUGCACCUGCUCUUCUCUGCCAACCGCUGGGAACAUGUACCUUCAAUGAAAGAGAAACUCCACCAAGGGAUCACCAUUGUGGUUGACAGAUAUGCCUUCUCUGGAGUGGCCUUCACUAGUGCCAAAGGGAACUUCAGCCUGGACUGGUGCAAACAGCCUGACAUUGGACUCCCAAAGCCAGACCUGAUCCUGUUCCUGCAGCUGAGCCCAGCAGAAGCAGCAGAACGAGGGAACUUUGGACACGAACGUUAUGAGAUCAGUUCCUUCCAAGAGAAGGUUCUGCAGUCCUUCUACUGCCUGAUGGAAGACAAGACCCUGAACUGGAAGGCAGUGGAUGCUUCAAAGAGCAUAGAAGACUUGCACAUAGAAAUCAAGUCCAUUGCAGAGGCAACUAUGCAGGAGGUUCAGAAUAAACCUUUGGGAGAGCUCUGGAAAUAA